AAGAACUUGAAGUAGAAACUGAAGACAGAAAUCUGGUUUAUCGAGACGUUAAAAAUGAUCAUCAGAUGUGUCCACUGCUGUUUGUAACGUAUUUGGUUGCAUGUUUUAACAUAACGGUGAAGAAAAAUACUCUGUACUGAUGAUGGUGCAUUGAUUCAUGUCUUCAUAAACUGUAAGUCCAAACGCUCACACAGCCAGAGGACGUCUGCAGAGUGCAGAGUCUGGAACAUGGAUGCAUUAUUACAACUGGACCCCAAAAUGUCGCCUAUUCAUUCCAAUGAGAAUUGCUCGCCUGGCGCAUGCAUCAAAAAAGUUUUCCAGCUUCCAGGUUUACUUCCUGGGCAUGCGAAUACGUGAAGUAGUGUUUCUCCCGCUCGGCCCAUAGACUUUACAUCGUGAUGACGUCAGGCAUUUUUAAAUCGCUUUUCUCGGCUCGAGGAAAGUUUUACAAAUAUAUAAAACCUCCCAUGGAUCAAAAACUCAUAAUAUUAAGAACUUUUCAUAAAUGACCUUGUGUGCAGUUUGAGGUUGUGACUGGCAGGUGGCAGAGCAGAUGAAACGCGAGCUCGGCAGAUUCGUCUGGUUCCCAGUUAUCACCACAAAUUUUACAUGUGAAAAAACAACUGGUGCUGAAAUCAGCGUCAGCCAGAGACAUCCGUGUGACUCUCCACCUGUCCAAACUCCCACCUCUUGAUUACGACGAUUAAAACUAAAGCCGUGACCUGUCUGAGGCUUCGUGUAGUUCAACGUCGCUGUAUUAGGACAGAGUGCAUCAACAAAACUUCAAGAAAUGAUGUAACGAAAUUCAGCCUCCUUUUACGCAAAUUUGGAGACACGUCGUCGUAUCCUUUUGUCCUCAAUAUCUUUAGUAUCCUUGUUACUUGUGUUUCACGUGUUUGUGAGAAAAAUGUGCCUGACCUUGUGGAAAAGUUGUUUUUAGAGUGAAAUAUUUAAGGGAAUAAUCAAGAGUUUAUCAAGACAUCAACAUUUAGUGGAAUCAGUCGGGUGUCACCGUUCCCCCUUGUUGUUCGUCAUUGUUGUCGGCGAAUUUUUAAUCUGGAAGAACAACCCCAUGCGAUGUCAGUCAGACGUGUGACUGGACCAGUUAGUGAAACCUUAGAUUACAGUGCGACUUGCCGCCUAUACAAACUACCACCUUCUGAUUACGACAGUUCUAUCUAAACUUACGUAGAGGCAUAAAGUCCCAAAUAUCCAGGAAAUACUGCCUUCUUUUACUAACUAGUAUAUCCUUUGUUCCACGGUGUCUAAAUGUUAGUAACCACCAGGAAAUGUGUCUUUGUUUGUGUGUCCAGAUGAAGGUGGAGGGGCUACAGGAGGACGGGGAGUCUGGUUCUGUGUCUUCAGCAGACCGGACCGCCGCCGCUGUCCGUACGAGCCCCGGCUCGGCUGAACGCUGCAUGUCCCGGCUGCUGAGCGCGGUGGAGAGCGAGCUGCAGGCCGGCCGGGAGAAGGGCGACCCGACGGAGAGGGAGCUGAGGGUGACGCUGGAGGACGCCGAGCUGUGGAGGAAGUUUCAGCACAUCACCAACGAGAUGAUCGUCACCAAGAACGGACGCCGCAUGUUCCCGGUCCUGAAGGUGAGCGUGUCCGGCCUGGACCCCAGCUCCAUGUACUCCUUCCUGCUGGACUUCGUGCCGGCCGACGGCUGCCGCUGGAAGUUCGUGAACGGGGAGUGGGUGGCGGCCGGGCGGGCGGAGGGCCGCGGCGAGGGCCGGGGCCACGGAGGCAUCUACAUCCACCCCGACUCGCCAAACUUCGGAGCUCACUGGAUGAAGGCGGCCGUGACCUUCAACAAGGUCAAACUCACCAACAAGGUCAACGGAGGAGGACAGAUCAUGCUGAACUCUCUCCACAAGUACGAGCCUCAGCUCCACAUCGUGUGCGUCGGCUCUCAUCAUCGUCUGGUUUCCAACGUUUCCUUCAAAGAAACUCAGUUCAUCGCCGUCACGGCCUACCAGAACGAAGAGAUCACGGCUCUGAAGAUCAAAUACAACCCGUUUGCUAAAGCCUUCCUGGACGCCAAAGAGCGGAACCCAGGCGGACGGGGCUUACCGGAGUCACUGGAGAGUCGUGCUGGGAUUCAACCCUGCUGGUCGCUGUGCUCAGCUGGAGGAGGCGGAGCUUUUCCUUACGGCAGCAGCCUCCCGCUGACAUCACAUCAUCACCACAGUUACAAACACCACGGUUACCCCGGGCGACACGCACCUUACCCCACCGCCUACCUGCCGCACCGCUCACACUCCUCAGUUUGUCUGUCUGAAGGUGUUCAGGUGUUAUCAGAUGGAUGGAGCAGCUCCUCCCCUCGCCCGGCCUCCUCCUCUUCCUCUUUGUCCUCCUCCACCUCCCUUCCCCUGAGCAACACUGCUCCUUCCUCGCAGCCUCCUCCUCCUCCUCCACACAACUCCAGCCAGUAUCCCUGUCUGUGGACGGUUGGAUGCAGUGAGCUAAGCCCCUCCCACUCGCCCUGCGCCGCUCUCCACGGACCAAUCAGCAGUGAGAGCCUCACGCAGCCUACCAGUCACGGUCGAGUGGGCGCCGCUGGAUGGCCACCUGGUCCCACCCACUCUUUCUGAGGAGGGAUGUGAUUGGCCGAAUGGAAGACUACUGGUGAUCACUGGCUGGCUGGUAUUCUGACUAUUGGUGACUUCUUAUACAUGCUGCUAACCACUGAUGGCUACUAGUAUUUACUGGUGGCUACUAGUAUGCACCAGUAGCUAUUUGUACAUGCUAGUAACCUCAGGUGGUGGUAUAUACUGGUGGCUACUAGUGACUAUUGUUGGCUAUUUUUUACAUACUAGUGACUACUGGUGGCUACUAAUAUAUUCCGGUGGCAACUGAUGGUAACAAGUCACUAUUGGUGAAUAUUUGUACAUACAGUACUUGUAAACUCUGAUAGAUACUAAUACCUACUGGUUGCUACUCGUAAGUGUUGGGGGCUACUUGUACAUACUGGUGGCUACCUCUAAGUACUGGAGGCUAUUUUUAUGUACUGGUAACUUGACUACUGGUGGCUACCAGUAUCUACAGACGGUUACGUUAUUCUACUGGAGGCUGCUAGUAAGUACUGGUGACUAAAUGCACAUACUGGUAGCCACUGGUGGCUACAUACAUGCUACAAGUACUGGGGGCUACUAAUAUCUAAUAUCUCUAGUGGCCACUGGUGACUACUUGCACACACUGUUGCAUACUACUGGUGGCCACUCGUUAAGUAUCUGUAGCUAAUUGUACAUACUGGUAACCACUGGUGGCUACCUAGAAGCACUGGUGGUUAUUUUUACAAACUGGUGGCUACCAUUGAGAACUGAAGGGUACUUGUAAUUAGUUUUUAAAUACUGGUGCCUACUAGUAAACAUGUGCCACUGCUAACAACUGGUUUUGGCUAGUACUGGUAUCUAUCAAUGGCUAAUUUAGCUACCUGUACCUGCAGGUGGCUUCUGAUAGCUAGUAGAGAUCAAUGACUACUUAUUGCUCUCUACCAGUGGCUAUUGGUGGCUAAUAGUACCCAAUGGUGGCCACUGGUAGAUACUGGUGGUUAGUAUUCCCAGAUAGUAUCCAUUGGUGAUUGGUGGAAGCUACCAGUUGCUAGUUAAACUGCACUAUUAAUCGCGUGUAUUUCAGCAGUUAGUAAUUAUAGAAAAUUAGCUAUAGUCAGUUUUGAGAACAGUCCUGAUGUUGAUUCUUCCUUUUUGGUCGGUAGUGAUGAACAACAUGAUCACAAUAUCUCACUGCACACCGAUACUGUCGGUGUUACGGCGCCCUCUGGUGUUGGAGGGUGAAACAUCGUUUGUUCGUCCUGUUCUGUGGGAAAUGACAGCUGGUUGUCCUGCCUGUCUUUAUUCCAACAUGUGUACAUAUAUAUAUAUAUAUAUAUAUAUAUAUAUAUAUAUAUAUCUGUACAGUCCAUCGCCUGUGGGUUAAAGUACAGAGAAUGACAUCUGAUUGAUAUUUAAUUGAUAUGUGAUUGACAGGGCUCGUUGCCAAACACAUUUACAAAGUAAAAAGACAUAUUUCCUGUCCGGUUAUUUCAGCUGCUGCAUGUUGCUUGUUUGUUGUUGUUUCUUCUGAUAGUUGCUGAAAAUGGAUAAUAAAACUAAAAAAAACAAACUAUAUUUAAUAAAGUUUCAAAUCCGUUGCCUGUGGAAGUACUGAAUUCUUCUUCUGCUUUUUGUUGUUUGCUGCUGCAUGACGUUUGCGUGGAUGAGACGGAACGAGAGACAGGUUACUGUUACUCUGCUCUGUGUCAAUAAAGUUUUAAAGGAAAGUUUCCUUUGUGAUAUUUCAUUUUUCCCAACAAGAAGACGCCUUCACUGGGGUAUACAGACAUGGAGGUAACUAUAGCAACCAGACACAUAUUUUCUCCUUUAUUUCCAAAACACUUUAAAUGAAAUGUAAAAAAUAAUGGAUGAAAAUAAGAAAUAAUGAGAUAGUAAGUCAGAAUGUUGCCGUUUUAAGUCAAAAUUAUAAGAUGCAAUUAUUUUAAUGUGGAACCAAUGUCAUAUUGUGUAUGUAAGUUGUGUAUUGUUGUGUAUUUCUGUGUAUUUGUCACAGCAUGUACUGUAUGUUUA